UCUACGACUUAAUAUGGCGGUACGGUUGUAACUCUUUGCCUUGUUAAGAAUAAAUAAAAAAAAUGUCUAUGACAUAACCUUUAAUAUUAAUAGUGACAAGUAAAUAUAAAUAAACUUAUAUUUUCGAAAUUUCUUAUCGAGUUGCUGUUAUUUUGCAAAAUAAUAUCUAAUACAAUAGAAAAUGCUUCCAUUAUCGUUGUUACGAACAGCCCAAAACCAUCCUAUGCUGGUGGAGUUGAAAAAUGGCGAAACCUACAACGGCCACUUAGUAAGUUGCGAUAAUUGGAUGAAUAUAAAUUUAAGAGAGGUGAUUUGUACUUCACGAGAUGGUGACAAGUUCUGGAGGAUGCCCGAGUGCUACAUUCGCGGGAGCACGAUCAAAUAUCUUAGAAUACCCGACGAAGUCAUAGAUAUGGUUAAAGAAGACACCCAAGCUAAAACCAGAGGACGUGGUGAUAUGAACAAGGGUCGAGGCGGGCAAAACAUGAGAACUGGUAGAGGAAGCAGUCGUGGUGCGUUCGGAAACCGCGGCCGACCAGCACCGUUGGCGCGCGGCGGCGGGAACCAGGGUCGACCACAGAAUAAAAAUAAAAAAUAAUUUCCUUUUUUAAAUUAGGUCCUUUUUUAUGUAAAUUAUAAGUA